AUACAAGUAUCCCUAGCAUCUCAUUUGCGAAGUUAGGGCCAUGCCUCUCACUUGUCGCUUCUAUCAGCAAAAGUAUCCCGAAGUUGACGAUGUCGUUAUGGUGAACGUGCGUUCCAUUGCUGAUAUGGGUGCUUACGUCAGCUUGUUGGAGUACAACGACAUAGAAGGAAUGAUACUUCUCAGUGAAUUGAGCAGGAGGCGAAUACGUUCAAUAAAUAAGUUGAUACGAGUUGGAAGGAACGAGUGCGUUGUUGUGAUUAGAGUUGACAAAGAGAAAGGAUACAUUGACUUGUCUAAGCGGAGAGUGUCUGCUGAUGAGGUGGCAAAAUGUGAGGAUAAGUAUAACAAGGCGAAAACGGUCAAUCAAAUAUUACGACAUGUGGCAUCAACUCUAACGUAUGAGAAUGAGCAAUUGGAAGAACUCUACACCAAGACAGCGUGGAAGUUUGAGGAAAAGACCGGCAUAGCAGGCAGCAGCUACGAAGUAUUUAAGAAGGCAGUAGGUGAUGUUACAAUUUUGGAUGGUUUGGGAUUGACAGAUGAAGAGAAAGAGCUGCUGGUCACAAAUAUCAAACGACGGUUAACUCCACAAGCAGUCAAAAUAAGAGCAGACAUUGAAGUUGCAUGUUAUGGUUACGAGGGUGUUGAUGCAGUGAAAGCAUCCUUGAGGGAAGGUUUGAAUCAAUCAAAGGAAAGUCUGCCUCUACGAAUUAAUUUGAUUGCCCCUCCAGUAUAUGUAGUAACAACUAACACUUUUGACAGAACAGAAGGAGUAGCUGCAGUCAACUCAGCCAUACAAGCCAUUAGGAACAAGAUUGAAGACUAUGAGGGAGGGUAUUACAACACAAAACUUGAGGCAAAAAUUGUGACUGAUGAAGAUGAUCUGGAUCUUCAGAAACAGAUGGAAGAUAGAGAACGAGAAGUGACACAGAUAGAUGGAGAUAAUCCAGAGGGUGAAGAUGAGGACACUGGAAUGGUAGUAGACGAAGAUGAACCAUAAACUUCAUAACAUGCUUAUAAAAUGAGAAAAUCUAAAUGAUGGCUUAUUAGGUCCAGCUAGACUUUAUCUGUAACAAGUCUUCGUUUCCCUUUGCA